AUCUUGUCACGAGAGCAGGCGCAACUUCCGCUUGGUUCAAAUUUUUUGCACACUUUUUAUUUUAAAAAGCCAAACUGAGGUUUUUCCCGAAGUAGUUUUGUUUUUGAUCCAGUAUGGACAUCCAGAGUAUUGAACCGAUGGCCAUCGGCUCACCAACCUCCCCUAAGCCUGGGGCUCAGUUUUUACCAGGUUUUCUGAUGGGUGACCUGCCUGCACCAAUCACACCUCAACCCAGAUCUUUUGGGUUGACAGGAGUUGGGGCAGAAACGAAGUCUCCUCUGCUGGCUGGUGGGUCUCCUCCACAGCUCGUUGUGCCAACACCUAAAGACAAGAGUGGAGCGCCUCCUGUAAGAAGCAUUUAUGAUGACCUCAACUGCUCUGGUGUAGGAAUGUCACCACUUGCUGCUCGCAAACAACCAUUUGCGGGAGUGCAUACACCCUUUUCUGGUCUACCAGGGACACCAGGAACCGCUUCUAAUCUGUUUAGUCCUGUGGGACAACAGAGGAAAACAACACUGUCCCCAGCUCAAGUCGAUCCCUUCUUCACACAAGGAGAUACUUUGUCCUCUGAAGACCAGCUUGAUGACACUUGGGUCACCGUGUUCGGGUUCCCACCAGCAUCUGCUUCAUACAUCCUUUUACAGUUUGCACAGUAUGGAAACAUAUUAAAACAUGUAAUGUCUAAUACAGGCAAUUGGAUGCACAUUCAAUAUCAGUCUAAACUACAGGCACGGAAAGCUCUUAGUAAAGAUGGCAAGAUAUUUGGAGAAGCCAUAAUGAUUGGAGUAAAACCAUGUAUCGAUAAGAGUGUAAUGGAGGGCUCAGACAAAGGCAGCACUUCAAGUUCAGUGUUCACACCCCCAGUUAAGGCUCACGGAACCCCCAGUCACCUUGUUUCAACUCCUCGAUCUGUCAUGAGACCACUCAGUGCAGCUUACAAAGCAUCCAGUAGUGACUACCAGGUUGUGUCCGAUCAACAGACACCAAAAAAGGAUGACAGUUUUGUAUCAAAAGCGGUGGAGUACAUGUUUGGAUGGUAAAUGUUUGCUCACGGGUCCUGAUGAAAAGCUCUGAAACCAUCAACAAGCCUCACUUGUGUUGACUUUGGGUUUCGGAAUGAAUGCAAGAGCACUUUAUCUCUAUGAUUAAUUGACAUUACCUGCAUUAUGGUAGAAGCACUCUUUGAGUGUUUCACAUGGAUUUCAGCUGAUUUCAGCUACUGUGUUUGGUUUGUAUCAGCUUUCCCUAAACAGGCCUCAAAAUCAUACAAUUGAACAAUGAACUGCUGAGCAUUGAUUGUGUCUUAUCCUAUCAAAACAUGCAAUCUGCCAGAAUUCUUUAUGCUAGAAAAAGAUCUAUCUGUACAAAAUCUUGACUUUUGAUUUUCAUAGUAUGUUGUUAUGGUCUGCUUUAUGGGUUAUGUAGAAGAAUGAAAGAGAUUGGCUACCACCUUUUGCGUUCUGAGAUCAAGGAUUUAAUCUUCAUUAGGUUAUAUACCUCUUGUUUUUAGGUUACUGUGGGAUUUCACUAACUUAUCAAUUGUUUUAAUGAAACGGGAAAUGCAUUUUUAGAAAUUCUUUAAUAAACAUGCUGUGUAACUAAAAAACUACUGUGUAACGUAGUUUGUUUAGUAACUACUUCGAGUCUUGCAUACUAAAUAACCAGGUGCGAUUAAGAUGAAGCAAGUUGAAUAGUAUAUUAAAGAUGCAACCAAAAGGGCUCAUUGUCAGACUGCCUUGACCAAUGUAUUCUAUAACAAUACAUUUCAUGGGAGUCUGUUUUGGAAACAAAGUUAUGAUACAAUUUUUACUGAAAACUCUUAAUAUUUGUAUGUUGGACGUCUUGCUUUGCAUCAUAUCUAAAAUAAAAAUGCAGUUUUUUGC